GGGCUGGACCAGCGGUGCAGCCGGAGGCGGGGACAGUGGAACAGAUCCGGCUGGCGGGCGAAUUCCUGACAGCUGCGAGCCAGAAGGAAGGGGGACAACUCGCUGCACUGGACCUCCCACCAGCCAGUGUACUGACCUCAGCUGCCCUUCAGGAGGCUGACUGCUUAUCAAGGCGGGACAGCAGCGGCGACCUGCUGCUCUUCUUCCAUGAGCCCAACCUGGACGUCUAGUGAACACUUGACUCUGCCAUAUCUCUCCAUCUGGGAGCAUUUCCAGAGGACCCUCAGGCUCAGAAGCCGUUCCAGUUGAGUCCAGGUUCUGAAGAUAAAGAAGUCCACAGGUCUGAUGGCCACCCCGAGUGGAAGAGAAGACUCCAGCUCCCAGGCACCCUGUCAUGGGGAGCAGGGAAGUGAAGCCUGCGUGGAGGAGCUGGACCACCCAGAGAGGCUGGAGGCGGAGGUGCCGGACCAGAGUGUCAUGUGGAAGAAAGCACAGGAAUUCUUCCAGACCUGUGACUCCGAGGGCAAGGGCUUCAUUGCUAGGACAGACUUGCAGAGGCUGCAUAAGGAGUUGCCCCUGAGUCUUGAAGAACUGGAAGAUGUGUUUGAUGCCCUGGAUGCCGACAGCAAUGGUUUUCUGACCCCAGAAGAGUUCGCCACUGGAUUUAGUCACUUUUUCUUCAGUCAAAAUAGCCAAAGAGAGGAGGAUGCCGGCCAGCAGGUGGUCCAGCUCCAAGAGGAAAAAGUGUAUCAGUCUAGAGGGGAGGAGGAUAUGGGAGGUGUGGACCAAGAUGAAGAGGCACAGUUUCAGAUGCUGAUGGACAGACUUGGAGCCCAGAAAAUUCUGGAUGAUGAAAGUGAUGUCAGGCAACUGUGGCUGCAGUUGAAGAAGGAUGAGCCUCACCUGCUGUCCAACUUCGAAGACCUCCUCACCACAAUCUUCACUCAGCUCCAAGAAGCCCACGAGCAGAAGAAUGAACUGGAAUGUGCCCUCAGAAAGAAAAUCGCUGCUUAUGAUGAAGAAAUUCAGCAUCUCUAUGAGGAGAUGGAACAGCAGAUCAAAAGCGAAAGGGAACAGUUCCUCCUAAAAGACACAGAGAGAUUCCAGGCUCGCAGCCGGGAGCUGGAAAAGAAGCUGAGCGCCAAGGAGCAGGAGCUGGAGCGGCUCAAUCAGAAGCAGAGGAGGCUGGAAGGCCAGUGUGCGGCUCUACACAACGACAAGCAUGAGACCAAGGCCGAGAACAGCAAGCUGAGGCUCACUAACCAGGAGCUGGCCCGGGAGUUGGAGCGCACCUCCCAGCAACUGCAGGAGGCACAGCAGCAGCUGGAGAGCCUCCAAAGAGAAGCCUGUGAGCUGCAGCAGGAGAAGGAGAUGGAAGUGUACCGAGUGACUGAGAGUCUGCAGCGGGAGAAGUCUGGCCUCCUGAAGCAGCUGGAUUUCCUAAGGGAAAGAAACAAACACCUCCGGGAUGAGCGGGACAUAACUUUCCAGAAAGAUAAGGCGGCCAGGGCAAGCACAGCUGCUUCCAAGGCAAACAGGAAGCAAAGGUCUGGCUCUGUGAUCGGCAAAUAUGUGGAUGGCAGGGGAAUUCUCAGGAGCCAGUCACAGGAGGAGGAAGAGGUAUUUGGCCCCCUGAGGAGGAGAAGCUCUGUGGGCCUGAGUGCAUAUCUCCAGGCCGAGGAGGAACUAGGAACUGGGGAGCCAGGGACUGGGGUUCCUCGUCGCCAGGCACUCCGAAGAAUCAUCUCCAUUGAGGAAGAUCCCCUGCCUCAGCUCCUGGAAGGAGGCUUUGAGAAGCCACUGAACAAAUGCCCAGAAGAGGAGGAGCCUUCUGACCAGGGAACAGAAGGGCAAAGCGUGGCUGCCCCAGUCUUGGAUCUCAUCCCUUCCUCUCCCCGAGGUCAGCCUGUCGGAAAAGAGACCCUCUACAAGGAGGAGAGGGUUUCCUCAGCCCCCGACCGGCUCUUUAAGAUCGUGUUUGUGGGCGACUCUGCAGUAGGGAAGACAUCCUUCCUGAGGAGGCUCUGCGAGGCCCGAUUCUCCCCAGGCAUGGCAGCCACUGUAGGCAUCGACUACAGAGUGAAGACGGUCACUGUGGACAAUGCGCAGGUGGCUCUGCAGCUGUGGGACACUGCUGGACAGGAGAGAUACCGCUGUAUCAGUCAACAGUUCUUCAGAAAGGCUGACGGCGUAGUUGUCAUGUAUGACCUCACAGCCAAGCAAUCCUUCCUGUCCAUCCGCCAGUGGCUGAGCAGCGUGGAGGAAGCUGUGGGAGACCGAAUUCCUGUCCUGCUGCUGGGCAAUAAACUUGACAAUGAGAAGGAGCGGGAAGUGCCCCGGGGCCUGGGAGAGCAACUCGCCAAGGAGAACAAUUUGAUCUUCUACGAGUGCAGCGCCUGUUCGGGUCACAACACCAAAGAGUCCCUGCUCCACCUGGCCAGAUUACUCAAGGAGCAAGAGGACACAGUGAGGAAGGACAUUAUUCAGGUUGGCCCCCCUGCCAAGAAGAAAUCCUGUUGUGGCUGACAGUAGUUCCCUAGCCCCAGCCAGCUUGCCCAUGCCCAAGGUCACCUUCAGCCAGCAGCCCUUCGAAGCCCAAGGACACAUGGCUACUUGAACCAGCACUUGGGCUCAUAUACAGCAACACCUAGCAAGGCCUGCUCUGCCUUGUCCUUGUUGGUGACUUGCCUCCCCUAAUGGAAGGAAACACCUGCAGCCAGGAAGGCUGCCUUUUCCGUGUCUUGAAAUCUGCUCCCCCCUUCUCAUCUACACCCCAAUACCCACUCCUUCCCCCUCCUCCAGUGUGGUUUUCUGAAAGAAAGGAGCAGAUGGGCUUUUCCAGAAAAGUCACCACGUGCCUUCUCCACCUCCCUUCUCCUCUCCCCAUGCCCUCAGGAGGUUCUGCACUGUGGUUGCCAUGACAACAGUGCAGGGGCAACUUGCUGCUUCUUGAAGGCCAAAGAUGUGCCAUUUGGGUGAUGCUGGGGUGGCCUGUCUUGCUUUGGCGCCAGUUCUUCCGAAACCAGAGAGCUGCUCUCGGCACACAGGUCACUGACCUUGAGACACCUGAGGUGGCUCCCGGGGCUCUCAGCUUCUCCCAGAGUUCCUGAAUCACAAGAUUCACAGGCCUCUCCCAGCUCCAUCUGCACUCACUGGAUCUGUGCCUGUAGGUCUCUGCAGUGUGCUUCCUAAGGACCCUGCAACCCAGGCUCCAGGGUAAACAGUGGAUGACAGCUCCAUGCCUAGAGUUACACAGCGUGCAUAUUCCUACUUCACUUUGAAGAAGAAAACCAAAGGGGGGAAGACAUCUGAGACUAAAGACAGUGGCUAUUUCUAAGACGCAUGCCGCACACAGAAACCACUUCUCUGAGGGUUUUUCCAAAGAGGUAUCUCUUUGGAAAAUCACAUCUGAUUAUUGACAGGGCAGAUUGACAGGCGGGCAUGUGGAGGGGAAUGGCGUCCAACACUAGGUCUGAGAUUAUCGGCUUCCUUUAUUGCAUUUUCUUUUAUUCCAGGAGGUUGUACUGGCUUUUAAAAUGUAGCUGUGACAGUGGCAAUUUGCAGGUGCUUGGGAGGUGAGCUGCCUCUAGCUGGUGACUUCAGCAGAGGGCGCUAGGCUUCAGGGAAUGACCUGAACCCUGCCAGGGUCCAUUCCCUGCUUCUGAUCAGCACUAAAUGUCUGGGUGCUGGAAAAUGCAUCCUUGUCCUAGAUGGAAGGCAGGCUAGAAAGAUCGCAAAAGGUGCUUUUCACACGGGAUUGACAUUCUGCCGACACUUUCUCUUCUUCGGCAGAAGAACCAGGCACUGGCCCGAGGACCCACACCCAACAAGUGUGGUUCACAUAAGAGGAUAGAAUGUUAAGGACAAACUCCACAUAGCCACGUAAGCAAGGAGAAGCAGCAAGCUAGAGUUCCGAGGCAUGUUGUACAGACUCUUCAGCAGACCCCUCAAAGAACGAGAGGCCCAUCAUGCCUAACUGCUUUUGGAAGGCUUUUCUCUUUUUCUGAUCUAAAAUUUGCAGGGACCAGAGAGCCAGUGUAGGAUGCUAACAGAACCUAUGCCCACGUGUCUUGAGGAGGUCCACACUCGCCACAGGCCGGCUCCUACCCCAGACCCCUUCCCCAUCAGUUAAAGGAAGGGUGGUUUGUUUGAUGCGUGCCAGCUUUCUGCUAGGAUACGUAGGAUGACUUGUGAUGACUCUGACGACAUACUUAUUUUCCUCACAGGCUAGCGCCAGAGCUAAGGCUCAGAUCUUUCCCUAGGGGAAGGAAGGGCAAUGGUUAUGUUUGUGGGUUGGAGCAUGGAGAGGGGGCAUGGGAGCCACUUGGAAGUGGUGCCCACUCUGUGUGUGUGCAGGUCAGGUACAAGGUUGGAUGGCCAUGAACAGUGUGGCCAGCUCCUCUGUUUCUGACCAUCAGAGAUGGGACUGGAAUGCACAGGACCUGCAGACUCUACGGGGAUCCUCUGGGCCCCCUGAUGCCUUAAUGCCCAGCACGAUAUCCCAACUAAGGAUACCAUUCGUAAAUAAGAGGCCUUAAAGGGAUUGGAGGAGAGAGGGAGAACACUGGCACCAAACCUUUGGACAUGUGACAAGUUCCAUGAAUCUAGAGGACUAGGAGUAGAAGGAAUGGGGUCAGGGAGUUCUCAGGGACAGAGAGACCUUGGUUUGUUUCUUUCUUUAGCCCCACUAUAAAGAAAAGAGAAGAAUAUGGAUUUUGGUGGGGCUUGAGGAGUCCCUUGUCCCCAGCUCUCAUCUUCUCCCUGACUCUUUUAAAGAUACUACUACGUGGUUCAGAGCCACCCUCAGAGGCUAACCCUGGCCCUGAGGCUGAGAGAGUGCUCAGAGACCCUCUGUCUCCAUCCCAUUUGCACUCCUGCUGAUUUGCCACCUUUCUUGCUCAUCUCUCUCAAAGUUUCAAUGUCUACCUCACAUAGAGCUCAAGAGGCAUAUUACAGGCUAUACAGGCAAUAGCCAUGAAGAACUCACUAUAGUACCUAUUAUGUCACAGGCCUUCGGUACCAGGACCUGGUUUCACUGGUAGCCUGGAGUCACAGCGCAACCCACUUUCCAGUCAUCUGCCCAGAACGGGCACAUUUACCAGAACUGGCUCAUUUGGACAUCUCUCUGUUCAGCCCAUUGGCUGGGUUCCGAGUCAGAGGUGACUUUGUUCUUGACCUCGCUGUCAUUUCUUCUCACGGACUCCCAGGAUUCCUGGGUCUCCUGCUAGGGCCUGUGUCCCAGCAAUGGUCCUUGCUGAUUCCAGGCCCCAGUCUCUGCCUCUCCCCUCUGUCAUUCUCCAGGACUGCGGCAGCCACUUAAAUCUGGGGCCAGUCCAUGGCUAUUUAACUAUGAGUGACCUUGCCUCAUGACAGUCCCACAGCUCCCUCUCUCUCUUGCCCUUAGCUGACCCAUGAUUCUUUGUGUCUGCUGCCACCCACAACCCUAAGUUGCCAAGUCAGGAAGUCCUGCACCAAACCAGUAUCCCAGGUGUUUCACUUCUGCUUGGGGUUUGGUUCUUUUAGCCUCACUGGGCCUCGCUGGCCUUCAUGUUCCCCUGUGGCACGGUCUCUCUUCUCCUCUCCCCUUUAGUCACCUCUGUCCCUUUCUUCAUCUAAUUCUGGGCUCCCCACUCUCCUCAGGAGACCCUUUAAUCAUGUGUAUGAAUUUUGCCAAAUGGCUUAACUGUCUCUACAGUGAGCACUGCUCCAGGGGUCUUAAACCAGUCUCAGCUAAGGUGCUAACGAGCUUAGCCGCUCCAGAGCUCUCACUUGCUUGAACAGAGAACUCUAAGAGAGGCAGUGCUUCCAGUCAAAUGAAUGAGUCGCUAAUGGUAAAAUUUCAAGCUCCUCUGGGGUUGGGAUAUGGAGGCCAAAUAUUUAACUCCAAGCUGCCCUUACCGCUGCUACUCUUAGAGAUCUGUUUGCUUCGUGUAUUGAGGGCUCCUCUGCUAGGUAAAACAUAUUCAAACCAUGACAUCUUCAGUUUAUAGUGGCAUCCUUUGGAAGAGUAACAAAUUUUUGUCUUCAUGGUCCCUCUUUUAUUUGCUGUUUUACAUGAUGUAUAUUUUUUCUUUUACCUUCCAAUCUGUGUAUCUUUAAAGCGAGUCUCUGGUACACACCAUACAGUUGGCACAUUUUUUUAAAAUAUAUUUUCCAGUAUCUUUUAAUUGCAAAUUUUUGUUUGCAUUUAAUCUAAAUGAUAAGAAAAGAUUGUCUGCCACUUUGCUAUUUUCUUCUUAUACCUAAUAUAUAUUUCAUUUCUUUGUUUUUCCAUCACUACCUUUUUUUUCUGGUUCAUCAUUUAAUUAUCUUAUCUGCUUUAUUUUAAAAAUAUGUCCUUUUGGUACUUGCAAUGAGGGUUACCAUGAACAUUUCCAUUAUGAUAAUACAUUUAGAUCAAGAAUAACUUAAUUCUACUAAGAUGUGGAACUCUGAUUCUGUAUACCUCUAUUCUCAUCUUCUUUAUGUUGAUCUAUAUAUCUUAUUAUCAACAGUUAUGUCUUCAUAUGUCCCGAACCUUUCAUAUAGAUUUGUUAUGUUGUUUUAUGCACUCACCCUUUAGUUUGACCUUUAAAGGGAGUUAGAUGUGGCCAACAUACAGAGAGUAGAUGUCAAUGGAGUUGCUCAUCUGUAAUUAGGAUGUUUAUAUCUCACUCUACCCCACCCCACCACCAAACUUGGGGACUGUCACAGAAGAGAGGAUGUUAAGAUUGUAAGAGCCAGAGCUUGAGGAGGACUGGGCCAAAACAGCAUCUUCUGAACCUAGCAGGUUCAUUGCACUUGUGAACUCACAGCUGCUGUGGUUGACUGUACAAGAUCUGGACAAGAUCAAGCCAGUCAGCAUCACCAUAGAGCUGGAUGUGCUCAUGAACCCUUGCCCUCAGUUGAAGCUACUGAUGGCUUCUAGGGAGAGAGAACCAUUUUUCUUUAAGGAUGUGGCCACUGGAGGUCAACCAUGCUCCAGUGGAUGACCCUAUGUUCACAGAUAUAUGGGCAGCACUAAUUGAACUUGGUUAUUAGAAACACAAAAAGGACAAGAAGUUGGGAGAGGGUAUUGAGAAGAGGGAGUGGGUGUUGGGAGGGGUUGGGGGAGAGAUGGGGUAAAAAUGAUCCGAAAUAUAUGUAUGUAUGAAAUCAUCAAAUAAUAAAAAUAUUUAUUUUAAAGGAGUUAU